AUGUCGAAUAAUCUCAUCUGCGCAGCCGUCUCAGUAUCCUCGAUUCUUGUAGUUGGAUACAUAACUGCUGGUCUGCUCAUUUUUGCCGAUUUUCGUACUUUUUAUUCAACUGCUCUUGAUGAUGUGGCUGAAUUCAAUAGAUUUGCAACCGAAGCCUGGGAUGAUAUGAUAGAAAUCAAUCGUUCAGUUGUCAGACAGAAGAGAAGUGGUGAAUCAAAAUGUGGAUGUAUGAAUAAAGUGAAUAAUUGCCCUCCUGGUCCGAUCGGACCACCUGGAGAACCAGGAGCACCCGGAGAUGAUGGUUGGAAUGGAGACGCAGGACAACCUGGACCAGAUUUCCCACUAUUCGAUCAAUCACUCAUUUAUCAAAGACCUCCAUGCAUUCGAUGCCCUGCUGGAGAACCUGGUCCACCAGGACCUGAUGGAGAGCAAGGAGAACAAGGGCCACCGGGACCACCAGGAAAUGAUAAUUAUGAAGUUGGAAAAGAUGGAGCGCCAGGAGUUGUUGGAGAACCAGGAGAUGCUGGAGAGCCGGGAGAAAAUGGAGAACAAGGAGUGGAUGGUACACCAGGAGCCAAUGGAACAAGAGAAAUUGGAAUGCCAGGAGCACCAGGAGCACCUGGAUUGGCUGGAAUUGAAGGUUUGCCAGGAAAAGACGGUGAACCAGGUAUUCCGGGACCAGAAGGUGAAGAAGGGCCAACUGGGGCUCCAGGAGCUGAUGGUGAAAGAGGAGUUGAAGGAGAACCAGGACCAGAAGGACCACCAGGAUCUCCUGGACCAGACGCAGCGUACUGUAGUUGCCCCCUUCGUUCGGCCCGUCUUCUUUUCUAA